AUGUGUCCGGUGCCUGGCGCAUGCGCUGCUUUGGUGGGGCGGUGGUACCUGGCCCAUUUCUGGGCUCUGUGUCUCCACCCCACCUGCCACCGCUGUCCUGUGUGCCAGCCUCAGUUCAUGUGCCAGGUUCACCGUCUGAAGGGUGUCGCCUUACCUUGUUCACCUGUGUCCCUUCUGAGUUUUGCCCUCCCCACCUCGGGGCUCAAGUCUGGGGUAGAUAAGCCGGGAACGGCCCCGGACUGCAGCCACGGAAGCAAACUGCUGAUCUGGGUCCUCUGCCUGAACAUUCAGUCCCGAGCGGAUUCGUGCCCCGGGGCCUGCGUGUGCUACAGAGAGCCCAAAAUCACCACCAGCUGCCAGCAGCAGGGACUGACCGCCAUCCCCGCCGCCAUCCCAGCCCAGAGCCAACGCAUCUUCCUCCACAACAACCGCAUCACCCAGGUCGGGGCCGCCAGCUUCCGCUCCUGCCGCAACAUGACCAUCCUCUGGAUCCACUCCAACGCCAUCAGCGUCAUCGAGGCCACCGCCUUCGCCGGCCUCGACAAGCUGGAGGAGCUGGACGUCAGCGACAACGUGAACCUGCGCACCAUCGCCCCGGCCACGUUCCGGGGCCUCCGGCGCCUGCACACGCUGCACCUGGACCGCUGCGGCCUCCUGGAGCUGUCCCCCGGCCUCUUCAGGGGCCUCUUCUCCCUGCAGUACCUCUAUCUCCAGGACAACAACCUCCAGGCGCUCCAGGACGACACGUUCCUGGACCUGGCCAACCUCACCUACCUGUUCCUGCACGGUAACGGCAUCCGGAACCUGUCGGAGAACGUCUUCAGGGGCUUGGUCAACCUGGAUCGCCUCCUCCUGCACCAGAACCAGGUGUCCCGGGUGCACCCCAGGGCCUUCCACGACUUGGGCAAAGUCAUGACUUUGUACUUAUUCAACAAUAACCUGACGGUGCUUGCGGGGGAGACGAUGAGCCCUCUGGCUUCCCUGCAGUAUCUGCGCCUGAACGGGAACCCGUGGAUCUGUGACUGCAGGGCCAAGUCCCUGUGGAGCUGGUUCAAGCAGUUUAAGGGGUCCUCUUCGGACCUCGAGUGCCGUCUGCCUCUACGCCUGGCCGGGAAAGAUCUGAAGCGGCUCCACAGCUCGGACCUGGAGGGCUGCGUCGACCCUGUCAACCAGGUCCGCUCGGGGACGAAGAUCAGACUGGGCAAAGGACCUACCGCGGAACCCCUGCCGGCGGGGCCCCAGGACGGCCCUCUGAAAUGCUGCCAGCCAGAGGUGGACAAGUCUUUCAUGUAUGAAGCCACUGGUCAUGGGGGACCCCACUAUGGCGGAUCUCCCUCUGGCAAUGGCCGGAAGGACAAGGAAAACAUGUCCAAACCCAAGAUGGCAGAGUCCGACACUGCCAAAAACGCCACCCAGAAGCACAUUAAUGACUCGCCCUUUGGAACUUUCCCCAGCAACGUGGAGGUCCCUCUGACCAACUUCCAGCCUGACCUACUGGAGCCUGGGGAGUCUUCGGUGGCACCCCCUCGCCGGAGGCCUGGCUGCUCCCGAAAGAACCGGACCAAGGCUCAGUGCAGAAUGGGCCCCACAGGCAGUGGCAGCGGCGGCGGCGGCGGCGGCGGCAGCAGCGGCAGCGGCGGCCUCCUGGCACCUGCUCAGCCCCGCCUGGCCCUUGGCUUGGUUCUCCCAGUGCUGGUGCUCUGGACUUCGCCGUGGUCCUGUUAAUGGUUCCUAGGGAAGGAUAGCACCUGCCACUGUGGCUGGGGCAAACCCAGAGGCUGGGGCCACAGGGGAACUGGAUGCCUUUAUAGAGAAACCAGGUGUAUAUAAAGCGCAUCUCCCCAGCCCCCUAAAAGGGGAGUUAAAAGGGAGGGUGAUGCCUGCUUUCCACAGAGGAGCCAAUCUUGAGUGAGGUCAGGCACACAUGGGGCUUCUGAGGAAUUUCCUCUGAGCUUCUCUGGCCCCCGACUGGCCCUUGAGGAAAAAGUUCUCCCCUACAGAAAC